AUGGAAGAAGAAGCAGACAAGUAUAAACAUGAACAUAAACAUCCAUGUUCUUCAAAUGAAGAAGCUUGUUCAACAAUCUCAGAUGGAUCAUCGUCGUCCAUAACGUGUUGUUCUUCAUCUUCUUCAUCUGAUACAACAGAUGAUGCGUCUUCUUCUUCCGCGAAUUCCAGUAGAUCUUCCUUGUAUGAUCUAUCAGACCUAAUGUCUCAGUUACCUAUCAAACGAGGGCUAUCGAAGUUUUAUCAUGGAAAAUCAGACUCGUUUUCAUCUCUUGCAAGGGUAACGAGCAUUGAAGAUCUUCCUAAGAAAGAACAAAAGAUGAAGAAGAAGAAGAUGAAGAAGAGCUACAGAUCUCAUACACUUCCUAAACCGAUCAUCUCAAAGAGAAAAUCGAGAGGUUAUUUGAAGAAAAAGUUUGGAAGUAGCUGCAUGAAGAAGCAAAUCGAAGAGUGA